GUAUAAGCUCCCGAAUCGAAGGGAGCUAGAGAGGGAACUCUUUUCGCGAGGGAGAGAAAAGGGUAGCACACGAAAAAUCAAAACGCUGUUGAAGCACAUAGAUAUACCUUGUCCGCAGAGCCAGAAUCAGACAAUUUCUCACUAAAAAUGAGUGGUAUGCAAGAGGCAUUUAUCAAGUUUCUCGAAAGAAGAAAGAGAGUAAUAGAAGGUUAUGAGAGUGCAAACCCUCAAGUGCAGUCAGAAGUCAAUCAAUAUCAACGGGAAACUACGUCAGCUGAGUAUACUGAGGGCAAGAAGAGAAGGAGGAUACGCAAAUGUUUUUUGUGUGGGAUGAUGAUUCCACGCAUGUCCAUGCACAUCACCAGAAAGCAUGCUAAUCUUACACUACAAGAGAGACAUGAAUACCGAGAAAUUAUGCUCAGAGAGAAACCAGUUCUGAAAGCAAAUGGCGAAAACAAAAUUAGGAAACUUUUGAAAUGCCCUCUUUGUCCUGCAAUUACACAAAGGAUUGAUAAUCAUAUCGUGAAGAUCCAUGGCAAGAAGCGUGGCUCAAAAAUAACGAAGGCUCUGACUGCGAAAGCAAGAGAAUUAGAGGCCCAGAGAGCUGCCACUAGUGAACAGAACAAGACAAUAGACGAGACGGAAGAGGACAAGACACUACACGAGACGGAAGAGGACAGGACAAUAGACGAGACAGAAGAGCACAGGACGAAAGCCAACAUGACAAAACAAUUCAGCACCGGAAGUGAUGGAUUUGAAGAAUCUGGAGAAGACAGGAUGGAAGAGGCAGAAGGGAUACCAAAUAAUAGCUACGGUAAAGAGCUCGUCAGGGCGUUUGUGAAGCAUCGUAGAAAGAUGAGAAAGAGGGCAGGAUGUGAAGAUGACAGGAAGGAAGACUCUGGAAAACAAAUAACCAGGAUGCUGAAGUGGGCCGGGGGAUUAGAUUUGGUUACAAAGAAGGAGGUUCUUAAUCAGAUAGUCUCAAAGCUUUGGAACAUGGCUCCAGAAACAGCCUUUGGAUAUCUUGCCUCAUUGAAAAGGUUCAUCCGUUUCCUCAUAACAGAAGAGGAGGCAAGUGAAGAACUGACUUUUGAGAAAAUCACACGUUGCCUUUAUCGGUGCGAAGAUUUUAUGGAAAGUCUGGCUGAACGCAUCGUGAACAGUAGGUCAGCAGGAAGAUCAAAGCCCACAUCAGAAUGAGGAUUUAGGUAGAAUAUUCACACACACUUCAGGUAGGAGAGUGAGGUUUCUCAGAGUGGAGGAGGCUUGGCAAUGGUCUGGGAUUAUGUUCUAAAUGGAUUAUGAUGGAAGUAAUAUCAGAUGAAAGAGGAGAUUCUAAGAUUUACAUUGGUUUGCCAGAGUGGGGGAGGCUUGGCAAUAGUCUGGGAUUAUGUUCUAAAUGGAUUAUGAUGGUACUAUGAUGGCAGACAACUGAUACAAGCACUACUGUAUUCAAGAUGAAUAUAUGCAGAGAUAGAGGAUUACAUAACAAGAAGCGCUCAGGACUGACAGGUUUGCUGGACUGCUGUUCCCAUUCCACAUGGAGCCAUGUUUGGCAAAUCGUUAAUAUCAGAUCAUAAAUUGAGUAUUCUGUGAUGAUAUGAUACCUUGAGUUAAAUACUAAAUGGUCUUCAAUGAUUAUACUCACGCUUGUAAAUUUGUGAACUCAGUUCCUUGUAGAAUAGGGUAUUGACUAUUUAGAAUAACCAGGAGAGAUUUUUUUUAAUCUAAAAAAUCUGUGGGAUACAUACUCCUUGUGAUAGAUGAUGAAUAAACUUGAAAGCAUUGGUAUGUUAGGAGUAAUAUCUUCUACUCAGUACAAAAUUAUUCAGGAAGCCAGGGUAACUUUGUAGAACGGGUGUUACAUGUUUGUGCUCACUGCACUUUGUUCUUGUUAUUAGUCUCGCUGCCGAGAUUUGGAUCCUUUGAAGUUUAUGAAUUUGAUUAAUAGGGAGACUGUGCAAUGAGCUAUUACAAAAAUCAGUGCAUGACAUUACAAGAGCAUGAACUAUUUUUCUUUUGUCUUAAAAUUUGUACUUUAGAAAGGUAGUUAGCUACCCACUUUAGACUUUUGUACUUGUGGUCGGUGACAGACCCAUUAAAUGUGGACUGUUUGUUUUUUCCGUUUGAAGUAAAAAAGGAACACAAUAGAAGGGUUGUUUACCAAAACAAUCAGGGUAUACAAUAUAAUAUCUGUGCAUCAUUCAAAUAAAUAUGUGUACUGUAAUCUACGAUAGCAAGACAUUGUGCAAUGUUAGAGCAACCUGCAAGAGACAAAAUGUAAAGAAUAUUUAAUGUUUUCUGCUCAAUAUUGUCCAUAUCUGGCAUUUUGGGGACAAAAUUGCUUUUUAAUUUUGUUUUAAAUUCAGGUUCAAAUCUUUUUAUCUCUGUCUUUAGCAAUUAUUAAAGUCCAUGAUAUCUGACAAGGCUUCUUCAUACGAUGUUACCCAAUAUUGAAUGGUAUGCAGAUAUUGAAGUAUGUAGCCUACUAAUUUAGAUCUUUUAGCAUAUGGUUAAUUUCUUAGACUUUUUGUAUGCUUCCUUGGAAUACCAAUCUAUGAUAGUCAAGUCUAACCGCUUCAUUUACCAGGUGACACGACUGGUAUGUUUCAUUAGCGUACAAUUGGGAAAGCUUUUAUUACAUUGCCUACUUUAAACUAAUUGGCUAUAAUUUAACCCAUUGCUAAAUACUGAUCAUGACGGGACACCUUGGUAUUCUUUAAAUGGGAUAACAAGCAUAUUUUAGAAUAACAUGAAUAAUCGUGCUCAUUUGCUCUGGAUUAUUUCAGCAAGAAAAGACUUAUGUGUUAUCAUGCUAGUAAUAUAAUAAUAAUAAUAAUAGAGAGUAUUUCUAAAGCGCCAAAUCCACAUUGAUUAUGUGCUCAAGGCGCUGCGAAAAGGAAAUAAGAGAAAAUUUCAGGAAGGGACAAAGAUAAAAAGAAUGACAGUCAUGACAAUGAAAGGAAACUACUGGAAGGCAAUUUUAAACAAAUGGGUUUUUAGAGUAAUUUUGAAAUUAUCGAUAUUUGAAAUACUACGAAUGGAAUAUGGCAACUGAUUCCAUAAGGAUGGCCCAGCAUGUGCAAAUGACUGAUCCCCCCAUGAUUUCUUGGAUUUAGGAACUGUAAGCAAUUUAGAAUCAGAAGAUCUUAAACGUCGAGGAUUGUAUGGCAUCAACAAAUUAACAUUAUAUUCUGGGGAAGAUCCAUGGAUACAGUGACAAACUAACAAUAAUAACUUAAUUACAAUACGGUACUCGAUGGGUAACCAAUGCAGUGAGGACAGAACUGGAGUUAUGUGAGUAGAGCGUCUGAUAAGGGUAACAAUACGGGCUGCAGAAUUCUGUAAUUUUUGUAAGCGUGAGAGUUGGGAUUGUGGAAGGUGAAACAAAAGAGUUAGUCUUUACAUGUUAGUGUCUUUACAUGUUAGUCUUUUACUGCUGAAAAUCAGUUCAGUUAUCCAUACUGACUGUAUGUACUAUUAGAACAGAGGUGUCUGGUGACAGUUUGAGGGGAUAAAGUCAUCUGUAAGAUUACUUUGUAUUUGGCGUAUGUAAACCAUCAUGUAGAGUGGCAAAGUGUGGAUUGACGCCUUGUCAAAGGAUGCUAGGCCAUGGUGGGAUUCGAACACUCGACCCUCUGAUUACAAGGCAAGAGUCAGAACCGCUACACCACGGCGCUUCCACAGUUUCGUAAUAUCUGAUUAUAAAUUGAAUGUUCUGUGAUGAUAUGACACCUUGGCCCGUAUUCUAAAGUCAGGUUUAACUUCAACUCAGGUUUAAAGUGGUUUAAGUAUGGAAAGCCAAUUGUUACAUAAAUUACUAACAGUAGAGAUAUCAUAUUUCAGCUCAUUUGGUUCUCAAAUCAUUCAUAAUUAUAUUAUAUAGGAAAUAUAAAAAGAUGAUUGUCUUCACCAUUGAAGAAUCAGGAAAGAGCACAAUAAACAUAAAAAUAUACAACUUAAAAUUUUUUUGACAUUUUUGGCUUCCCAUAAUUAUAGCAGAAUUAGACCUAGGUCUAAGUUAAACCCGACUUCAGAAUACGGGCCCUUGAGUUCAAUACUGAAGGUUCUUAAGUGAUUAUACAGCAUAAGCCUCUUAUCAGCUUUGUUCCAAAACUCACUGCUGAGCAGAGGACACCUUGAUAGAACAAAUGCUGUAGAACUGGGUAUUGACUGUUCAGAAUAACCAGAAGAGAUUUGUUGUUUGAUCUCAAUUAUCUUUGGGAUAUGUACUCUUCCUUGUGAUAGAUGGUGAAUAAGCUUGAAAGCAUUGGUAUGUUAGGAGUAAUAUCUUCUACUCAGUACAAAAUUAUACAGGAAGCCAGGGUAACUUUGUAGAACGGGUGUUACAUGUUUGUGCUCACUGCCCUUUGUUUUUGUUAUAAGUCUCUCGCUGCCGAGGUUUGGAUCCUUUGAAGUUUAUGAAUUUGAUUAAUAGGGAGACUGUGCAAUGAGCUAUUACAAAAAUCAAUGCAUGACAUUACAAGAGCAUGAACUAUUUUUCUUUUGUCUUAAAAUUUGUAUUUACUUUAGAAAGGUAGUUAGCUACCCACUGUAGACUUUUGUACUUGUGGUCGGCGACAGACCCAUUAAAUGUGGACUGUUUGUUUUUUCCCUUUAAUGUAAAACAGAACACAAUAGAAGGGUUGUUUACCAAAACAAUCAGGGUAUACAAUAUACCUUCUGUGCAUUAUUCAAAGAAAUAUGUGUACUGUAAUCUCAAAUCUACGAUAGCAAGACAUUGUGCACUGUUUGAGCAACCUGCAAGAGACAAAUUGUAUAGAAUAUUUUACAUGUCUUCUAAAAAUUUACCAUAUCUGGCAUUUUAGGGACAAAAUUGCUGUUUCAUUUUUUUUAAAUUCAGGUUCGAGUCUUUUUAUCUGUCAUUAGCAAUCAUUAAAGGCCUUGAUUAGUGACAGGUCUUUUUCAGGUGAUGACAUCCAAUAUUGAAUGGUGUAUAGAUGUUGAAUUAUGUAGCUUACUAUUUAAGACCGUUCAGCAUAUGAUUAAUUUCUUUAAAAACUUUUUGUAUGCUUCCUUGGAAUACCAAUCUAUGAUAGUCAAAUCUAACCGCUUCAUUUACCAGGUGACACGACUGGUAGGGCUGGUAUGUUUCAUUAACGUACAAUUGGGAAAGCUUUCAUUACAUUGCCUACUUUAAACUAAUUGGCUUUAAUUUGACCCAUUGCUAAAUACCGAUCAUGACGGGAUACCUUGGUAUUAUUUAAAUGGUAUAACAAGCAUAUUUUAGAAUAACAUGAAUAAUCAUUAGAGUAAACAAUUAUUUUGUCUUGCGAAGUUGUUGAAACUGUCUACAAGUUUCAACCACUUCGCGAGACAACCAAAUAAUCAUCUACUCUAUUAGAUUCACCGCCAUGAUGAACAUCUAUAGAAUGAAUAAUCAUGCUUGUUUGCUCUGGAUUAUUUUAGCAAGAUAAGAGUUGAUUAUGUAUACCAGUAAUUCAGUGUUAUCUUACAUGUUAGUCUUUUACUGUUGAAAUUCAAUUAAGUUAUCGAUACUGACUGUGUUUACUAUUAGAAUUAUGGUGACAGUUUGAGGUGAAUAAGUCAUCUGUAAGAAAACUUUGUAUUUGGAAGUAUGUAAACCAUCAUGUAGGACCAAUUUGAAUUAAAACAGUCAGUUUACAUGUCGUCAUAUGAUCGAGGCAUUUUAUGAUCUAAGGUGGGCAAAAAAUGAAAAUCUGUUUUUUGGUUUUUUUUUUGUUUAUUUCAAAGUAAUUCUGCAUUUGCUCAUUUCUAAUCCGGAACCAUUAAUAUCAACUCAAUAUCCCUUUUUUCUUUUUUAAUUUUUUUUUACAAAUGAAUAUACUCAUGAUUCUUUUUCUUACUAGAUUCAGUUCUAUUUGUACAACUUUUGUUUAAUGUAAUAUGAUUUGAUCUCCAGACACUUCCUGUACAUGGGACAGGGUAGACCUUGCAUUCAUGUGUACAUGUGUAUGUCUAUUUUAAUGAAAGACAGUUCUUUUCACAUCGUGUUGAUACAGUACUACCAAGGAGUUGGUUUUUAUCCUACUAAAUAUGAUUUUUAAGGGGAUAGUGAGACUGAAUAUAAUUUCGCCUUUGAAAUAGGGUUUUUGAGACUUUUUUGUAUUUUUUUCAAAAUUUGAAACAAAAAUACGAUUUUAAACUGGAAAAUAUGAUAAAAAGAAAUCAUUAUUUUUUUCUCCCAAAUUGUGGUUGACAUCUCUGGUGAUGGAUGUGUUUUCUGUGUAAUUUUUAAAAUGUUUUUGCCUGAAUUCUUGCUAGUAUUGAUGUAACAGCCAAGAUCAGGGGGAUGAGAGAGGGAUGCUGUACUUUGUUUUACUGCCGUCCUCCUUCGCCUUCAAAGUGAUAUUUGAAAUACAGGUAGUCCAGUAAAGUACUAUUCUUUUAUACCAAUAUGUACAUUUUAUAAAUUAUUUCAUGCUGACGUUUUGCAAAGAAUUCUAAUAAAGAUAUUUGAAGCAAAA